AUGAUGACUGAUUCGAGUUUGAAAAGCGUUGCAGUUGGAGAGAAGCAAUCAUCCCCCAAACUCACCGUGAUUGAUAGCCGCACGUCUAUAUCAUAUGACAUCCCCAUUACUGGUAAUGCCAUCAAAGCCACUGAAUUUAGAAAAAUAUCAGCUCUUGGAUCCAAAGCAAGUCCACUUGAGCGAUACGCGGCUGGUCUGAAGAUCCUAGAUCCUGGUUUUCAGAAUACAGCUGUCGCGGACUCGUCCAUUACCUACAUAGACGGAGUGAAGGGAACAAUUCAAUACCGAGAUUACAUGCUUGAUGAACUUUUGGAGAAGCACGACUUUGAAGAUGUGUCAUUCUUGCUUAUCUGGGGUCAUUUGCCGUCCGCGGAUGAGAAGCUUGAAUAUCGUACCAAGCUUGCCGCACGGGCAAAUCCUCCUCAAUCAGUGAUCAAUACCAUAAAAUGUUUCCCGCGGAAUGCUCCGUACCACUUGAUUUUCUCGGCUGGAAUUACAGCAUGGGGUGCUACAGACCCGACUAUGAUCCCUAUCCACAUGGGCGCAGAGCUUUAUCUGGGGAAAAUGGGUGCCGUUGAUGAAGGUAUCGUCCGGACGAUUGCCGCGUCAAUCAGCGUGAUUGCUCUGAUUUACUGCCAUUACGAAGGGAAAGAUAUAGGUCCCUCCGACCCUGAAGCGACUUUGGCAGAGAAUAUUCUAUUGAUGAUGGGACUUGUCGACGAAAAAUCUAAGCGGCCCGACCCAAAAAUGGUGCGCAUUCUGAACGGCCUCUGGAUUGUCUACGCCGACCACGAAAUGACAAACUCGACAGCUGCGAGUCUUCAUGUCGGAUCUGGGUUGGCAGAUCCAUUCAGCUGUGUCAGUGCUGCUGCUUGUUCACUUUCGGGUCCCCUACAUGGUGGAGCCAUCGAUCUUGCGUACAAAACCUUUGAACGCAUCGGUAGCAAGGCGAAUGUGCCUCAGGCAAUGGAAGAUGUGAAAGCCAAAAAGUUCCGGCUGUCUGGAUACGGACAUCGGAUCUACAAAACAGUCGAUCCACGUGUGGCGCACCUGAAGAAGGCACUGGAAGAGCUAUCGGACAAAAUUGAUGGUGAUGCUCACCUCUCGGUCGCACUGGAAAUUGACCGGAUUGCAUCUCAAGACCCGUAUUUUAAAUCACGAAACUUGAACACAAAUGCGGACCUGGGAUUCAAACCGGAGAUCAUCACGGCCCUGAUGUUAGCGGGUCGAGUGAAUGGUAUCUUAGCACAUUGGCGAGAACAGAUGGACGCCUUGUUGGCUGGAGCCCUUUAA